AUGACGCCACGACUCGAUUAUACCGAUCGAGUAGCUGACAUUGACAAAUGCCCACCGUCACCAGACGGCGAGGAGCGACUGGAUAAAAUCAAAAAAACUACUCCAUGGCUAUCCGUGUAUGUGGCAGCGCUCUGUUCUUUUGUACAAGCCCUACAAUUCGGGCUGUUCUUCUCCUCGUUGUGGCCGUAUUUGAAACGUCUUGAUCCAACUGUGAACGAAUCAUUUUUCGGCUACGUGGUUGCUAUAUACAGUCUCGGCUCAUGCAUUGCAUCGCCGGCAUUCGGUUACUGGAGCAACCGUAUCAAACAGGUAAGAAUACCGACGAUUUUCGGCUUCAAUAUGAUGUUGCUUGGGAACCUCAUAUAUCUCAUGCUCGACACUCUUCCGACAGGCCAACGUUACGCUAUGGCUGUGUCUCGAGUGUUGAUUGGAAUCGGAUCAAGUAACGCAGUACUGCUACGAACGUAUGCUUCUACAGCAUCGGUAUCUGCAGAUCGGACGAGAUCAAUCGGAUGUGUCGCCGCCGGAAUCGCUGCUGGACUUGUCAUCGGACCUGGCCUGCAGGCACUUUUCACUCCUCUGGGUGAAGAAGGACUCCGGCUGCUUCCGGGUUGGUCCCUUGACAUGUACAAAGCACCAGCACUUCUAGCCGCUGUUGUGAACAUCUGUGGCAUUGCACUGAUGUAUUUUGUAUUUGACGAGACCUAUGCAGGACUCAAGGAUGACAAAGAGGUGAUUUGCUGGUUGUUCGCCCACAGUGCUCUCAGUAUUACAAACUACCUCAAUCAACUACCCGUUCAGGCUAAGGAAUUGCCACCAGCCGAUUUGAUAGCUGUGGCUGUUUGUAUUGUUACCAGAUUCACCCAGCUUUCCGUAUCGACGAAUAUCGAAACGCUUGGAUCCGCUUACUCGAUGAUGAUGUUCGACCUGUCGGCACCGGAUGCCGUUCGGGUAAAUGCCACCUCCCAAGCUGUCCAAGGAGUUGCCGCAGCCGUCAUACUCCUCCCAUUUCUCUUCUUGAACAUCGGAAAAAGAUUGAGACAACGCACAGUGAACAUCGCCUGCGUAUUGGGCUUUAUAGCUUUUCAUCUCAUCACGUAUCCAUGGGGAUUUGGAAAUGUCGGCCGUGUCACUAGCAUUUCAGAGUCUGAACUCGGUGGCUGUGAUGCCGAGCGUUUCAGUUGGUGUACAUCCACACCUCGAGUGAAUUUUUGGGUGUACUACGUCUCGUUGUGCAGUGUAUUCGAAGUCACAUAUGCGUUCAGUAAUGUUGUGCUGUCGACGGUAUUCUCGAAAAUCAUCGGUCCCAGACGUCAGGUUAGAUGGUUUAUCCUCAACUUCAAGUGUUUAUUGGAGCCUUGUAGGAGAAAAUUAUUGUAA